UUUGGUGUUUACUUACAAUCAAAACAAAAUAAAUUAAAAUUAUUCUUAUUUAAUAACCUAAACGGAUAAUGAUUGGUGUUAAAAUGAAUACAUUUAACGACAAUUCGGCGGAGCCUGAACAAGAUGCAAAUUCAGCAUUGACCGAGCUUGAUAAAGGUCUACGGUCGUGUAAAGUAGGAGAACAAUGUGAAGCCAUCGUCCGGUUCCCUCGUCUUUUCGAAAAAUAUCCUUUCCCCAUAUUAAUUAAUUCAUCUUUUCUUAAAUUGUCUGACGUUUUUCGUAUGGGUAACAAUUUUUUGAGGCUCUGGGUUUUGAGAGUCUGUCAACAAAGCGAAAAGCAUCUAGAUAAGAUUCUGAACGUAGAUGAGUUCUUGAGGAGGAUCUUUAGUGUUCUACACUCAAACGAUCCGGUGGCUAGGGCUCUCGCUCUGAGAACGCUUGGUGCAGUAGCAGGUAUUAUCCCAGAGCGCCAGAAUGUACAUCACGCAAUCCGAAGGGGCUUGGAUAGCCAUGACAAUGUUGAAGUUGAUGCUGCUAUAUAUGCUACUACUAGAUUUGCUGCCCACUCCAAUUCAUUCGCAGUAGCCAUGUGCAAUAAACUAUCAGAUAUGGUGGAAAGUGAGGGCACUGCUGCUGAGAGACGAGCAAAACUUGUCAGAGCCCUGAGGACCGUUCAUGGUGGAGCAAUCAGAGCACAAGGAGUUUUGAAAUUAUUAAGAUCAUUGUUAGACAAGUUUCCUUCGUCAAGUUCGGUGCGAGCUUCAAUCACUGCACUCACACAUAUAGCUUCAGAUACAGUGGUUCAUGUUCCUGAUCAGGUUGAACUACUGCUAAAUAUAGCCAUGAAUGAUGCCCGAUCAGCCGUACGUCGUUCCGCACUGCUUGGCCUCAAGAAGUUGGCUGAGAAUGCAGCUCUCUGGCCCGCACACUGUAUACAGAACCUGGUCAGAGCUGCUAGCGAUAGUCGAGACACUGACCACACUAUGCUGUGCCUUCGAGUAAUGCAGAUUCUGGUGCAGUGCCCAGCAGUGUGCGCCACGGCAGGGUGUCCUCAGCGCGGCGAGUACAGUGCCCUGAGGCAGUACUGCAGUGAAGCCGCUCUCAGUGCUGACUUGAAGCAAGCCGCAACCGCUGCAGAUGUCCUCACCAGGAUCGUUGUUCAUUGCUAUGAAGAAUGUCUUCCGGUGGAAGGUUCAGAUCUGAUGUUGGCUCUGGAGUCCCUGGUGAUAGCGGCAGGGGCUGAUAAUGGGCAGAAUAUAAAGUCACUCAGGGUUGCGCUUAGGUGUUUGGUCCAGCUGAGCACUGCAGAACCCACAGUUUACGCUCCACGGACGGCGUCGGUGCUUGCUGGACAACUGGCUACCAGUAGCUGGGCCAGCCCUGGCCCGAGGGAGGCCUCGAUCCUGGAAGCCCUGGGCGCGUUAGGUGGUGGAACCUACUGUCCCAUGUCGGUGGCACCAGCGCUGCCCGCACUGCAUCAAGCGCUGGAAGCCAUGCAGAGAGAAAAUGCGAUAGCAAAUCCGUCAGACGAAGGCAACGCUCUGGUGCUUCUCUGCACGGUGCUUUUCCAAGAACGGGCCGGGAAAGCGUUGACCUUUACCAUCAGCAACGACUGGUGCACGAAGAUCUUGGACGCGGUCCAAGUGGCUGACGGUUGGGUGCGAUACAGAGUCGCCAGGGCCGCCUUGAGGUACGGGCAUCACCACCUGGCCGCGGAGCUGCUGGUCCGGCUGGCGGCGCAGGCCCCCAGCGAGGCGGCUCAGCGCUGGCUGGCGGCGCUGCACCGGGCCGCCGCCGCCGACGCCAAGCUCGCCAUCGACGGUAUCUCGGGGCUGGAGGAGGCGGCGGCGGGGUGGGAGGUGGCGGGCGGGUGGGGCGGCGCGGGAGGUGCGGGGGGCGCGUGGUGCGCAGCGGGGUGCGCGGGGUGUGCGUGCUGCGCGCCGCUGCCGGCCGCGUGGCUGCGAGCGCGGGCGGCGGCAUUGCUGGCCCUGGCCCGCGCGGCCGCCGCGGCGCGUGCUCUUUGCUCGCAGCCGCCACCAGCCAUCGCGCAAACCAUAGCCCAGGCGGGGCGCGACCCCGCGCUGGCGGCGGGCGCGAGUGCGGGCGCGCUGCGGGGCGCGGCGCGGGCGCUGGGCGCGGUGGCGCGGCGCUACGCCGACAUGGCGCGUACCGCCUUCCACGCCGACGACUCUACGCUCAGACACUUGCAGAUCUCGCAGCACACGUACACGCAGCUGUCGCAGCUGCUGGACUCCAUCGCCAGCAGCCAGCCGGAGCGCGAGCUCACGCUGCCGGAGCCGCGGGCCACCAGCCUGGACGAGGCCGUGGCGCUGUCUCCCAGCAAGGCCAUCGCGGCCAUAGCCAGCAAGCUUGCCGAAUUUCCCAUGACCACGCCCGGGAUCACACACAGGCACGCGGAGGCGGUAGUGUGCGCGGUGCGCGCGGCGGGCGCGGGCGCGGUGUGGUCCCGGGGUGCGUGGUCGGGGCGCGGCACGGGUGCCGUGUGCCGCGUGUCCGUGUCGCCGGCGUGGCGGCCCGCGCCCGCGGACCACGCCGCCGCGCUGCCGCUGUCCCACCGCCUGGCGCUCAAACUGGAGGGCGUCAUACUGCCUGCGCGCCCGCUCGCCAAACGCCAGCAGCAGCGGCAAGUUAAAGGUGUCCAAAUCACGGUGACCGCCACCCAGCAUCCGAGGACCAACGAGAAGACGGUGGAGCUAACCAACGUGCCGCCGGUGCUGACCGCGGUGCAGACGGUCGCACCCGUCCGGGACUUCUUCUCCGCCCAGCAGCUGGUCAGCGUGCCCAGCCCGGGACUGUACACGGUGGCCGUGGAGUCGGCCUUCGUGGACGAGCGCGGCCAGCUGUGGAACACCGGCCCCAGGACUUCGAUUGUCAUCAAGGCUCACGACGAUCCGAGUCCGAAGGUGUCCAAUUCGCACAACAGCAGAGGAAGGUUUUGAUCCUGAGAUUUUGCUUAUGUUCUUUUAACAAUAUCACGAUAAGGAAAGUUAAUAUUAAUAAAGGCG